AUGUCAGAUAAGCCCAAGAUCCUCAUUGCCGGUGCCGCAGGUCGCACCGGUAGCAUUGCUACCAGAAUGCUUCUUGAAAGAGGCUAUCGUGUUCGUGCCAUGGUCCGCACAGAUGACGAGCGUGCUCGCAAACUAUCAGACUUGGGCGCCAAAAUCUUUGUCGGUGACUAUCUCGACCUUCGCUCUGUGCGACGUGCGUUUGAGGGAAUCAAGCGUGCCUACUUCGUUUACCCUAUGCAACCCGGCCUUGUGGAAGCGACAGCAAACUACUCCAUGGCAGCUAUCGAAGCCAAGGCUGAGUUCAUCCUCAACAUUUCGCAGCGGACGUCCUGCCCGGAUGCCACCAGCGACUCGGCCAUGCAUCAUUGGCUUGCGGAGCGAGUCUUUGACUGGGCACCUAUUGUGGUGACCCAUCUUCAACCAACAGCUUUCAACGAGUGGUUGACCUUUAUGCAGGAUAUGAUUCGGCAGGGACGUUAUGCGGUGCCGUUUGGAUCAUAUGGUCGCUUCGCCCCGAUCUCAUGCGAGGAUCAAGGGGCCGUCAUCACCGAGAUUCUUGCUGACUCUUGGUCCCAUGUGGGAAAGACUUAUCGACUCCUCGGACCUGUUGAGCUGACGCCGCCUGAGAUCGCCGAGAUUGUUGGCAAGACUCUCGGCAAAGAGAUUCGUUACGAGCAAAUCACCGGAGAGGAGUAG